AUGGACAAACCCACUUCUUCCGCAACAUUCAAAGCAAGGGACACCGUCACCGAAUCAGAAUCGCACAUCUAUAUCCUCCAAGAGACCCAAAGGUAUAUCAAAACACAAGCCGCCUCCUUGCUCUACCCGACAUGUCUAGUCUCUUCAACCACCAAAUACCAUCUCAAAGGCAGACAAAUCUCCCAAAAGUGCGUCAACUGCGACAAGAAUAAGUAA